UUUCAGAGUUAUGACAGGCGCUCCAUUAAGCGGCUUUUUGGCUGCCAUUGGAGAAAACCACCAGAAAGCUCCACCUAAAAUCCAAACUAAAACCGCAAACGGCAUUAAAGUACACCGAUCUUAUCCGCUGCUUCGACAAACUUAAGCCCACCCAAUCUCCCCACCCCUCGAUCAUCCCAAGAUCUACGCAACGCCCUCGGAUGAGCAGACCACUCGUUAGCAUUUUCAUACGGGACUCACGUCAGAUCUGAAAGCUCCAGCCUCCCAAUAUGAACCAAAAAACGCCAACAGGCAAACAUAGCCAAUCCCGUGCCCCCACCUCUCACUCGCCGAGAAACCCCUCUCUCCGGUCACUGACGGUUAUGGUAACCCAAUCAUAGUCCAUCUGAUAAUAACCACACACACCAGCAGAACUCAGGGUUUGGGUUCCUUCGCAGAGCACCACACCAGUUCAGACUCCAUAAAUGACCACUCCGAAUUUUUGAAAACCCAGCACCCGAAAACGAUGUCGUUUCUGCGGCGCAGAAAGGCCACGGAGCGCCCACACGCAGAGCCUCACGACAUCGACACCGAGACCGACGACGUCCACGACAAGAAGAAGACGAAACCGAGGCCGAAGCUCAGGCCAAAGAGAUGGUCGUGCGUGGACACUUGUUACUGGUUGAUUGGGUGCAUAUUCUCAGCGUGGUGGUUUCUGCUGUUCCUGUUCAGCGCAAUGCCGGCGUCGUUUCCUCAGUAUGUGACGGAGGCGAUAACGGGGCCGUUACCGGAUCCUCCGGGCGUGAAGCUGAAGAAGGAGGGCCUGACGGCGAUGCACCCAGUGGUGUUCGUGCCCGGAAUCGUCACAGGCGGGCUCGAGCUGUGGGAGGGCCACCAGUGCGCCGAGGGCUUGUUCAGGAAGAGGCUCUGGGGUGGGACUUUCGGGGAAUUGUACAAAAGACCAUUAUGCUGGGCUGAGCACAUGUCGCUGGAUAAUGAAACUGGACUAGACCCUUCUGGUAUAAGAGUCAGGCCUGUAUCUGGACUUGUGGCAGCUGAUUACUUUGCACCAGGUUAUUUUGUGUGGGCAGUCUUAAUUGCCAAUUUGGCUCGCAUUGGAUAUGAGGAGAAAACUAUGUAUAUGGCUGCAUAUGAUUGGAGAUUAUCAUUUCAAAACACAGAGGUCAGAGACCAAACUCUAAGCCGGAUAAAAAGUAAUAUAGAACUCUUGGUAGCUACAAAUGGUGGGAACAAGGUGGUUGUUAUACCACAUUCAAUGGGUGUUUUGUACUUUCUGCAUUUCAUGAAAUGGGUUGAGGCACCAGCUCCAAUGGGUGGUGGUGGUGGGUCGGAUUGGUGCGCUAAGCAUAUAAAAGCAGUUAUGAACAUUGGUGCACCCUUUCUAGGUGUUCCAAAAGCAGUCGCAGGACUUUUCUCUAUUGAAGCCAAGGAUAUAGCUGUUGCCAGGGCUUUCGCACCAGGUGUUUUGGAUAAAGACGUUUUUGGUCUUCAAACUCUACGACAUAUGAUGCGGAUGACCCGUACAUGGGAUUCAACCAUGUCAAUGAUACCAAAAGGUGGGGAUACUAUCUGGGGCAGCCUUGAUUGGUCACCUGAAGGGUACUUUAACUGUAGUGCAAAGAGGCUCAAGAAUAAUGAUAUCAACACUGCAGACAAAAAUGGGAAUGGGAGUCUGGAAUCUACAAAGAGGGUAAAUUAUGGGAGGAUAAUAUCAUUUGGGAAAGAUAUAGCUGAGAUACAUUCCCACGAGAUUGAGAGGGUGGAUUUCAGGAUGCUCAUUGUGCUGCAGGGUGCUGCCAAGGGCAAUAACCUUACAAAUGCAACCAAGUGUGAUGUAUGGACAGAGUACCAAGAAAUGGGUAUUGAGGGUGUCAAAUCUGUCGCAGAUUACAAAGUUUACACAGCUGGAUCGAUUUUGGAUCUGCUUCGUUAUGUUGCCCCCAAGUUGAUGGCGCGUGGAGAUGCUCAUUUUUCCUAUGGAAUUGCUGACAAUUUGGAUGACCCUAAAUACGACCAUUACAAAUAUUGGUCAAAUCCCUUAGAAACAAAAUUACCAAAUGCUCCAGACAUGGAAAUCUACACUAUGUAUGGUGUUGGAGUCCCUACAGAAAGAGCAUAUGUGUACAAGUUAACUCCUGCUGCUGAAUGCUACAUUCCUUUUCAGAUAGAUACCUCAGCAGAGGGUGGAAGCGAGGGGUCUUGUCUCAAAGGUGGAGUUUUUUCUGUUGAUGGAGAUGAAACUGUUCCUGUUUUAAGUUCAGGUUUCAUGUGUGCAAAAGGUUGGCGGGGAAAAACCCGUUUUAACCCUUCAGGCAUCCGUACUUACAUAAGAGAGUACGAUCAUGCGCCUCCAGCUAAUCUUCUAGAGGGCCGUGGCACCCAAAGUGGUGCUCAUGUUGAUAUAAUGGGUAAUUUCGCAUUGAUUGAAGAUAUUAUAAGAGUAGCAGCGGGAGCUACCGGAGAGGACUUGGGUGGCGAUCGAGUUUACUCGGACAUUUUCAAAUGGUCUGAAAAGAUCAACUUACAACUUUAGACUCAUAUGUAUACUUGCUUUUAGCAUAGGCUUGAAGGAACCUGAUGAGCUAUCUUUUGCCCAUGGUGGCGGCGGCGGCGGCCAUUGUGAAGCACCCGUAUUCGCUCACAUGAAGCCUAAGAAGUGAGGUGCCGGUUGCUGAACUGAAUGCAUCCCAGGGGAAGCGCUGGAUCUGGUUUAUGAAUUGAUAUCCCACAUCACACCGGGUUCUCUACUACUUUUAGGUGCCUGAAAUUUUGGAUAGUCAUUUAAUUCUUUGAUUAUUGUCAAUAACAUUUGUUAUUAAUUAGUCUGUUACUUUGUAAUUGCUGUCUCUCUCACUCUCUCACACACACACACAGAUUUGCUGGCUGUUGGCUGAUUGUCUAUAUGAUAGUUGAAAGAAAUAAUAUGGAGCAAAUGGGUAUAAUUUAAUUAUU